GUUUAGGGUUCUUAUAGUGCUUUUUAGCUUACUCACACCAUAGUGUCAGGUCCUUAUUUAGAUUCUCACCUAAUACCAAUUUCAUAUUCCUAAGGAAUCCUUGGCACAAUCUCAUGGCUCACAGUCACUGUGGAUUUUGCACCCCGAGUCUUGUCAUGUCCGUCUAUGCGUUAUUAAGCAAGUCAAGUCAGACCCCACCUAAUGAGGAGAAGAUUGAAGAAUGUCCAGCAGGAAACUUGUGUUGAUUGCACUGGUUACAGACAUUUUGCCUUAUUGGGCUUUUCUCGAACAAAAUAUAAAAGCCGAAUCUCCCUCUGUUUUACCAGAGAGAGAGAGAGGAAAAAAAAAAAAUCUCAGUUCUCAAUAUCCCUGAGACCUAGAGUAUGACGAAGAAGCGAAAACGCGAAAUCGAAGAGGACUGCAGCAGGAAACGCCGCCGUAUUGAAGACGGGUCCGUCCGUUCUGAUGACUCCUAUGAGAUCGAGACUCAUAAAGGGGAACCGCUAACACCACGUGGGAAUUCGAAGUUGAAACGAAAGCGUCGUCGUGGUCCUCGCUGUUCCGAAUGUGGUCUUCCCUGUAGCAACGCCUGUACCAGAUAUGUGCAGCCUCCUAUACCAGAGGGAUAUGGUUACCUUCCAUCGUCAAUAGGCGUGGAUACGAAUGGUCACUACCAUGAAGAGAUUUCUGAUUUGAUUGCUUUCAUGUAUUGUGACCGUUGUGGCAAGAAUGGUGACCACUGGGAUGCCCAUUGCCCAAAUCCCAUCAAUGACCCUCCAGAACCAGAAGAUCCUGCUGCUCGCCGUUUUUCGUGGAAGUAUGUAUUGAGGGAUUUCAAAGGGAAACCGGAACCACCACGUAGGAAGGCAGUGAAAUUGAAGGCUCCGAUGUGUGAAUAUUGUGUUCGUCUCCGAAACCAAGCCUAUGCUAGAACUGAAAAGCCUCCUUUACCGGAGGGAUAUGGUUACCUUCCUUCGUCAAUAGGUGUGUAUACGAAUGGUCACUACCAUGAAGAGAUUUCUGGAUGAGAUUGGUUUCAUGUCUUGUGACCGUUGUGGCAAGGAUGGUGACCACUGGGAUGCCCAUUGCCCAAAUCCCAUCAAUGACCCUUCAGAAUCAGAAGAAGAUUGUUCUGCUGCUCGUGGUUAUUCGUGGAAGUAUGUAUUGAGGGAUUUCAAAAAAAAAUUCUUGUUAAAUCUCUAUGCAUUAUGAACUCUGUAUCCGGUAAACUUAAUAUGGAUGCUUGUUUGAAUUUUCAUCACUUUAGAAGUUAUUGAUAAUAUGUGGUUUG